AUGACAGAGGGAGACAGAGAUGGGCAGCGAGAAGCAGAAACAGAGAGAGACAGAAAAUGCUGCAAGACGGAAAGACAAGCGGACGAGACAGAAUGCCAGAGACAGAUAUCCCAGGAAAGACAGGAGGAAAAAGAGUUAAAGGGAAAACCGAUACAUGGCCAGGGGUGGUACCCAGGCAGAUCGAGAGCCAUAAAGAGUCAGAAACAGAUAGAAACUGAGACACACAGAGAGAAUGAGAGAAACCGGCACCGCAGCCCGUGGCUGCCCGCAGCUGGUGGCAGAAAGUUUCCGGGGUGGGGAGGCCGAGGCACCCCCGCCGCAGAAGGGCCAGCACGCCCAGCUCACUGGAUAGCGGGAAAAGCGGAGCAGAGGGCGGACCGCGGCAGAAAGUUCCGCGCCUCGCAAUCCCCCGCCGCACCUGCAGCCGCGGGCCGGCGCGCUCCAGGCUCCCGGGAGGCCGCCUCACCGGGUCCACCCGUGCCCCUGCCGCGGGACCAGACCCGGGCGCUCGGUUCCGUGCCCUGGCACUGGCUGCGGGACUUAGCGGCGCCCAGCCCGAGCACUCCGGCAGCCCAGAGAGGGCUCGUCCCAGACAAUCACAAGGAAGAGAGGGGGAGCGAGAGAGAAACGGAGACCUGCUAUCGCGGCCAAGGAUCCCGCGAAGAGGGAACGGCGGUCCUCGCACGGGCUUCAGCCUCGGAUCAAGCCCAGCAGGGGCCGACCGGCCGCGCGGAGUGCCGGGCUCGCAGAGCCCGCGCUCACCUGGAACCCGCGCCGGCCCGUCAGCGCCGCGCGCAGCGCCGGCUCCCGCCCGAGCCUCUCUCUUCACACUUCCCCGCCAGCAGCGCGAGCCGGCUCCGGCCUCGGCCAGCCCCAGAGAGGGGCCCUCAUAGCGCGGCGGCGGGCUAG